AUGCUUCCUCCUGCCAUUCAUUUCUAUCUCAUUCCCUUUGCAUGCAUCCUAAUGAAAAGCUGUUUGGCUUUUAAAAAUGAUGCCACAGAAAUCCUUUAUUCACAUGUGGUUAAACCUGUUCCAGCACACCCCAGCAGCAACAGCACGAUGAAUCAAGCCAGAAAUGGAGGCAGGCAUUUCAGUAACACUGGACUGGAUCGGAACAGUCGAGUUCAAGUGGGUUGCCGGGAGCUGCGUUCCACCAAAUACAUCUCCGAUGGCCAGUGCACCAGCAUCAGCCCCCUGAAAGAGCUGGUGUGUGCUGGUGAGUGCUUGCCCCUGCCGGUGCUGCCCAACUGGAUAGGGGGAGGCUAUGGAACCAAGUACUGGAGCAGGAGGAGCUCCCAGGAAUGGAGGUGUGUCAAUGACAAAACACGUACCCAGAGAAUCCAGCUUCAGUGCCAAGAUGGCAGCACGCGCACCUACAAAAUCACAGUGGUCACCGCCUGCAAGUGCAAGAGGUACACUCGGCAGCACAAUGAGUCCAGUCAUAACUUUGAGAGCAUGUCGCCUGCCAAGCCAGCCCAGCAUCACAGAGAGCGGAAAAGAGCCAGCAAAUCCAGCAAGCACAGCCUGAGUUAG